AUGAGCGACGAGAAGAGCCCCGUACUAGAGAGCCAAGGAGAUGCGUCAAAUUUGAGGCAGAAAAAAGUCCAUCAAAUAUCCUCCGGUUCCUCCGGCUAUUUCUCUGUAUCAUCGCAGCCAUCACCUGGCUCACGCGGUCACGGUCAUGAUGACCUUCCAAUCUUGGUCCGGGAACACUUCCACAACCGUGUAAAUGAUCGCAAUUUCACUGAGAAUUUCGUCAAGGGGAACUUUCCCGGCCACGUUGAUAUUCCUCGAUUAAGACAAGGUAGAGUUGGUGGUACGUUUUGGAGUGUUUUCGUGCCCUGUCCCGAGAAUGGCAUUGAUUUUUCCGACGAGAAUUAUGCAGCAAGCGUGCGCGAGACGAUGGAGCAGGUGGAUAUCAUGUCGCGGAUUCAGCAAGCCUAUCCCAAGGUCUUCUCCAUCCCGCCAAAUGGUACCACUGCGAUGUCUGCUUUCCACGAGGGAAAGCUCAUCUCACCCCUUGGUAUCGAAGGCUUGCAUUCAAUCGGAAACUCACUGGCCCAUCUCCGGAUCUUCUAUGAGCUGGGGGUUUCGUAUGCAACUCUGACGCAUAAUUGCCAUAAUCGGUAUGCCGACGCCGCCAUCCUCGAACUUCCAGGCGGUGGAAUCAAAAAGUCCGAUCCUCUCUGGCACGGUGUCAGUGAAGAAGGCCAGAAGCUGGUGUUUGAGAUGAACCGCCUUGGAAUGAUUGUCGAUUUAGCGCAUGUCAGCACGGAGACAAUGCGCGAUGUGUUAGGUGCCGGCAAGUCCGAAUGGCUGGGGAGUCGUGCCCCAGUGAUUUACAGCCAUAGCUCAGCCUACGCACUCUGUCCCCACCCGCGCAACGUACCCGAUGACAUUUUGGAGCUGGUCCGUGAGAAGAACUCCCUGGUUAUGGUUAAUUUCGCACCAGACUUCAUUUCCUGCACGGCUUCUGACCGCGCCGAUGGGAUCCCAGACGCGGAUCCUAUCCACGCCACUCUGGAACGGGUCGCCGAUCAUAUAAUGUACAUUGGUAAACUUGUAGGCUUCGAGCAUGUCGGAAUGGGUAGUGAUUUUGAUGGUAUUUCGACGGUUCCUCGUGGAUUGGAGGAUGUGUCUAAGUUCCCGGAUCUGGUCAAAGAGCUUUUCAAGCGAGGAAUGAGUGACAAAGAUGCAAGUAAGGUGGUAGGAGGUAAUUUACUGAGGGUAUGGAAGAAGGUGGAUGAGGUGGCGCUUGAGAUGCAAGCCGAGGGUGCACUGCCCGUGGAGGACUAA